AAUGAAAUUAUUUUGCAUUUCCUGACGUCGAUCGAGUCGUUCUUUUGGGACGACGGAAAACAAGCUUGUCUUUUAUAUCUCUCUUGUUAUUAAAAUAUGGCAGACGGAACAACCUCAGUUGAAACAGUGGAAAGAAACGACAAAGCUACUGUAGACUCAGAAGCACCCAAAGGAAAUAAAUGGGAAUCUUCAGAAGUUCAAGUUUACGAAACUUUCGACGACAUGAACCUUCGAGACGAGUUGUUGAGGGGUAUCUUUGCACAUGGGUUUGAAAAACCCUCCGAAAUCCAGAAAAGAGGAAUCCUCCCCAUCGUGAAAGGAAGAGACACCAUUGCUCAAGCACAAUCUGGUAUGGGAAAGACGGCAACUUUUGUUGUUGGGAUUCUUCAGAAUGUAGACACUUCUUUCCAGAAAGUUCAAGCGCUAAUCCUAGCACCGACUCGGGAGUUGGCGCAACAAAUUCAAAGGGUUGUAAACGAACUUGGGGACUUUAUGUCUGUUAGAUGUCACGCAUGUAUCGGUGGAACCCGAGUAAUGGAUGAUAUCAGGACGUUCCAAGAGAAUGUUCCCCACGUCGUUGUGGGUACUCCUGGUAGAGUGUUUGAUAUGAUGAAUAGGAAAGUAUUCGAGACAAAAUAUAUAAAAAGUUUUGUCUUGGACGAAGCUGAUGAAAUGUUGUCAAGAGGCUUCAAGGAACAAAUUUAUGAUGUUUUCCAAUAUAUGCCGGCGAACUGCCAAGUGGGCUUAUUUUCAGCUACGAUGCCCCAAGAUGUAUUAGAAAUGACUGAGAAGUUCAUGAGAGACCCGAUCGUUAUUUUGGUAAAGAAAGAAGAACUUACUUUGGAAGGUAUCAAGCAAUACUACAUUGCAGUUGAAAAAGAGGAAUACAAAUUUGAGACUUUAUGUGAUCUUUACGAAACAUUGACAGUAACUCAGGCUAUUAUUUACGUCAAUACACGGAGAAAGGUUGAUUGGCUCACUCAAAAGUUGCGAGAGCGCGACUUUACUGUGUCAUGCCUACAUGGAGAUAUCGAUCAAAAGGAAAGAGAUUUAAUUAUGAGAGAAUUUAGGACUGGUUCCUCUAGAGUAUUAGUCACAACAGACUUAUUGGCAAGGGGUAUUGACGUCCAACAAGUUUCGCUUGUCAUCAAUUAUGAUCUUCCGACUAAUCGAGAGAAUUAUAUCCAUCGAAUUGGUCGUUCCGGUCGUUUCGGGAGGAAAGGAGUAGCUAUCAAUUUUAUUACGAAUGAAGACUUCCAAACAAUGAAAGAAAUUGAAGAGUUUUACAAUACAAAGAUAGUGGAUAUGCCUGUAGAUGUGGCUGGUUCUUUGUAAAAGAAGGUUCCUCAACGAAUAUUUCACCCAUUCAAAUAGAACUGAUUAUUAAAUAUUCCAUUUAGAAGAGAACUCUCUCUUCUUUGAUAAGGUCACUCUGAUAGAAAACUGGUGACUAUAAAAAGUUUUUGCUUGUUAUUUCGUUAUAUUCCUGCAAGUAUCAUAUUCUCUUGGAAGCUUCACCCAAGCCAAAGGAGAACUCAGUAAUGAUCUUCUUCAGCACUGAGAAGAUUGGCUAGCAACCUUUCUUCAGCAGUAUCCGUCAUUCAUCAUUUUCUCUUCACUGCAACUCAGUAGAGGCUUCCAAGUCAACACGAGAACCUUGUGAACACAACAUGAAAGACACGUCGAAAAGAGGCCUUCACACGGAGUUCACUCUGUUCAUAAGACAAGCCUCUGUUAUCAUUGACGGUGAGUGUGGCAUAAAAACACUAGUGUCAACCAACAUCAACCCGCCUCAAAUCAGAUCAAGUGUUCAUUUCACAUUUACUUGAGCAAAUCAUUUUGUUCAAGGCAACUUGGCGCCAUUUCUUUUGUCAUGAACUCUGAUUGUUCUUUAACAAAGAGUGACUCCUUUUUGUUACUUACUUCACCCAAAUGGUUGCUACUUUGGGUUUUUAUUAGCACCUACCUUUGCUGUGUUUGUGUUUGGUUGUUUAGGAGUCAAAAGCUUCCC